UCCCCCAAAUUUCGCAAGGGAAGAGAAUACAGAGAAUGCAGCAAUCCAAGAUCAGCGCCUUUUUCAGACCUUGCUGCCCUAAAAACCAAAACCCAAAUCAAAUUCAAAUCAAAGAUUUAUCGAAGAAUCAAAGCACAACUACGCCAAUUGUCGACGAGCAACGAGAUCUGAAGCUUAAUUCGAACAGAGAAAGGAGUGACACGUUAACAAAAUCUGUGGGCAAAAUCCUCAACAAUAAGAGAAGUUAUGCUCAGUACCAUUUGGAAUUGGGACAAUCCAAUUUCCUUCUUCACACUUGCUCUGUUUGUGGAUUGAUGUACGCUCGUGGAGAUGAGAGGGAUGAGAGGCUUCACAAGUUUUUUCAUAAGGAAUAUGAACAGGGAAUAGCAUUUAAGGGUUGGAGCGAGGAGAGGGUUGUCUCUAGAUAUAAUAAUAACGGUGACCGGAUUUUAUUGGUGUUAGAUGGUGAUCCUCCAGCUCAAAAGCACAAGGUUAAGCAAGUCAUUAAUAUGACGGAGAAGGAACUCGGCUUUGUAGAAGGGGAGCUUAACCAUAAACUCUGUAAGGUUUAUCUGUUCAUUUCAAGCCACAGAGUUAUUGGAUGCCUUGUUGCAGAACCUAUAAAAACUGCACACAGAGUCAUACCAGCUCCCUCAUCAACUACUGAUAAAAUCUCUAAGAAUUCUAAGAAUCCAAAUAAAUCAAUACUUCAAUUUGGACAGUUUAACUUUCAGCGGGAAGUUAUAAACAAAUAUUCCUCUGAAAACACUCACAAAUUUGAGCAAUGGGAAAUUGGAGCCAUGCUUUGUGAAGAGGAAGCUUUGCCUGCAACAUGUGGUGUCAGAGCAAUUUGGGUUGCCCCAUCAAAGAGAAGGAAGCGAAUCGCUUCGCUGUUGCUGGAUGCUGCAAGGAUGAGUUUUUCUGCAGGAUGCAUUUUAGACGUCUCUGAGUGUGCAUUUUCGCCUCCGACUUCUUCUGGAAAGGCAUUUGCAUCAAGUUACAGUAACAGCGAGCAAUUUCUAAUUUACAGGGAGGUUGAUGUUUGAACUUUGAAGGACUCUGAUCAUUACAGCAAUCCUCCUUGGAAAUAUUUCCCAUUCAACUGUAUUCAGCAUUAUACGAAAUGUUGUGUGAAGUUUUUUGAUCUUAUAAAUGUGGAUUAAAACUAGAAAAUAAGUUAAAUAUGUUGUUGAUGGUCUAAAUCACACAUGUAAACUAAUAUGAACUGGGUUGAUUAGGGGCCGUUAA